CGUAAUGGGUUACAAAGAUAUACAAAGAAAAAGGCAAAAAAAUAUAGAAAAACUGAAAAAAGCAUAAUUAUUGUCUCUGUUCUAGCAGCUACCUUGGCUUUAGCAAGAUUCCAAAAACGAAAAUUUCACGAAAAAGGAAACAAAAGCUUGCUAGCCACGCCUCUAUCUCUCUUUUAAGAUUCACAAGAGCAGUAGAAUCGUUCGUUCAUUUUCAUCCUCCACGACCGGCCCAUAUGUUUCGAUUUGCAGCAUGAUGGAACCCUCACCGGACGGCGGCAACCUCGGACAAGUCAUGUUGUUCAACCUAGUAAAUUCCGAGUUAGUCAGAACAGACAAAACAUAUCCCAUUGAGCUUUAUGACGCGCAGUUGGUGGGAACUUCCCAUGGAUGGGGAUUUUUCUCUAAUAGAAGAGAUCGGUCGGUCAUUAUCAGCGACUAUCUAAACCCCUACGCUUCCAAGUCAGAACCAAAGAUGAUUCCUCUGCCUUUUUUUACCGGAAUGUACUCUGGCCAAACCGAAGCCGUGUGCAACGUGGCCAUGUCCUCCUCUCCUCCUGAUCAAGACGAAGAAGAUUGGGUUGUUGGCAUCAAGUUCUUGGGUAGACAGCUGAGCCUCUGCAGGCCCCGUCGUGACCUGCGUUGGACUAACAUCCUAGCCCCUUUUGAGUCAUGGGAUAGCUCAAAACUUAUGUAUUCCAAGAAAGACCAAAGGUUCUAUUUGCUUGCUCCUGGAGGCAACUACUUAUGCUCCUGGGAUCUCAACUUCAAGGAAGACAAGAAGCCUAAGUUCCAUGAGUUGGUUUUGCACAACCUUCCCAGCAUGCCACGUUCCCGACGGAAGCAGUUGGAUUCCUACUGCAGGGAGGAUCACUGGGUGGAGUCACCUUCGGGCGAAAGCUUCCUUGUCAAAUGGUACUCAGAAUACACUCCUGAAGGGUUCAAAGCACCGACUCUAAUGGUGUUUAGAGAGGAGUACACACAAGAUGGGAGGAAAAACAUGGUUUACACUGAGGACAUUGGAGAUUUGUGCAUUUUCAUUUCUAAGGGAGAAGAUUUCUGCGUCGAGGCGAGCUCUUGUCCUGGACUCCACCGUAACUCCAUCUUUUUAUAUGGACGUUUGUUAGCGACGUUCAAUAUGAGCAACAGUACCUUCUGGUGCUAUGAAUAUCCCCAAGGUACACCAGCAAAAAUUCCCUACUGCCAGUACUGGCUUCCUCCGUUUUCUCCCUAGUGCUCGAUCCAUCCUUGCUUCAUUGCUGUUAUAUAUUGUCUGUCUGGUACUCUGGUUGGUUGCUUCUGUCCUGUUUUACCGAUUUGAAUUGUCAAGAUAAUCUAGUUAACGACUGCAUUUGGUAUUUUGGAAUAAUUGUUACAAAUUUGAAAUAUUUGUGUAAGGAUAUUCCGUGUGUCACGUAUUUAUCAAGCUUUGCAUCGUAAAUUUCAGAACAAAUUUCUCA